UUGAAACGGGAUAAUUACAGUGUUUCUUCAAGUUUGUUGCUUCUACAACUUGUGUGUGAACAUUUUAUUUCUAACAUGGCAGGGAAACUUAUUCUCCAGAAAGUGAUACUGAUGAUUGUAGUUUUUGGUUCGGCUAGAGCAACGCAUAAUUGCGAUAAGAAUUUUCCAGAUGAUUGUCCGGCUGGCGAGUUUUGUGCUGCUCCCGGCAGUUCUUCCAAUCCAAGUCAGUUCAAAUGCUACACCUGCCCAUGCAGCCUGACGAGUCAGUGUAGGUUACAGGGUGGCAAUGUCGUGUGUAACUGUACUGGGUCGGGAUAUACAGGAUCAACAUGCACCACUGAUAUAGACGAAUGUGCAACUGGUGCGGACAAUUGUGAUGAUAACGCCCAAUGUACAAACACAAACGGAAGUUUCACGUGCGCCUGUAACGCAGGAUACUCUGGUAAUGGCGGUUCGUGCGUAGAUAUCAACGAAUGUACCACUGAUACGGACAAUUGUGAUGAAAAUAACGCCGUAUGUACAAACACAGUCGGAAACUUCACGUGCGCCUGUAAAGCAGGAUACUCUGGUAAUGGCGUUUCGUGCGUAGAUAUAGACGAAUGUACCACUGAUGCGGACAAUUGUGAUGAUAAUAACGGCGUAUGUACAAACACCGACGGAGGCUUCACGUGCGCCUGUAAAGCAGGAUACUCUGGUAAUGGCGAAAUCUGUGAAGAUAUCAACGAAUGUACCCUUGGUACGGACAAUUGUGAUGAAAAUAACGGCGAAUGUACAAACACCGUCGGAAACUUCACGUGCGCCUGUAAAGCAGGAUACUCUGGUGAUGGCGUUUCGUGUGAAGAUAUCAACGAAUGUACCACUGAUGCGGACAAUUGUGAUGAUAAUAACGGCGUAUGUACAAACACCGACGGAGGCUUCACGUGCGCCUGUAAAGCAGGAUACUCUGGUAAUGGCGAAAUAUGUGAAGAUAUCAACGAAUGUAACCUUGGUACGGACAAUUGUGAUGAAAAUAACGGCGAAUGUACAAACACCGUCGGAAACUUCACGUGCGCCUGUAAAGCAGGAUACUCUGGUGAUGGCGUUUCGUGUGAAGACAUCAACGAAUGCGAAGCCUCACCCUCACCUUGUGACACUAAUGCUUCAUGCGAGAAUAGCGUUGGAGGCUUCUCCUGUACAUGUAACAUUGGAUAUUCUGGGAAUGGAUCACCUGGCAACUGCGAAAAUAUCAACGAAUGCGAAACACUUUCCCAGCCCUGUCCAACUGGGUUCGACUGUAAUGACGAAACGCCCGGGUUUUGCUGUAAUCCAUCUCAGUAACAGUACAACGCUCCGGACAGACGAUUCAAGCCGAAAUAUCGACUGAUAAAAUAUAUGAUAAUGGACAUGAACCCUGUUUUAUUCUCUUUUUUCUUACAUAUACGUAUAUGACUACAUUCAAAUGCGCUUGCUUAACAUCGAUUUAAAUUUCAAUGUUGAAAUAAUGUUAUAUGUAUGAUGAUGAUCUUUCUUUCUAUCUUUCAUUUCUCUUUUCUAUCAAUUCUGACUUGGCAUCCACAAAUAAAUUUCAAAUCAAUG